UUCAUACUAAUCCAACUAACCUGUUUCUUUCCCCAAAAUUAUCUACCAUAUAGGUUAGAAUUGAUCCGGUGAAGAAAAGAAAAUUUAAUCGAUAACGACGUUAAGUCUGGAGAAAGCAUCUGAUCACAUAUUCCAAAACCUUCAAGGAUUAGGCAUAAAUAGUGUAAUUUUAUGAAGGUAGCAAAUUUAGAUGGAGAAAUCAUUAUCCACAGAUCAAAUCAUCAACAAGAUUUUAUUGCACUUACCCGUGAAACCUCUCAUUCGAUUUCGAUCCGUUUGUAAAUCAUGGCGUUCUCUAAUCAAUGAUCCAAUUUUCAUCGAUGCACAUCGAAAGAAAAUGGAAAUUGUUAGCGACAACUUGCGUCUAUUCCAAAUUGUGUACCAAUUAUAUCCCAACGAAGGGCUUCGAUCGUGGUGUUACGCGGGAAGCCCGAGCAACGAGUUAAUUCACCCGGGCUUCCCCAUAAUGAACACGAAGCCAUGUACCUAUGAGUUGGUAGGUUCGUGUAACGGAUUAAUUUGUUUCCUCACGAAUUUCUUACACGGUAAAAAAGAAAUCAAUUUAUGGAACCCGUCAUUGAGGAAAUACAGGACGGUGCCCGCUUCCACCUUCUCCCCGGAACGUCAGAGGCACGCGCCUAGUUAUGGGUUCGGUUUUGAUGGUAGCAACGAUCACAAAAUGGUAAAAGUUACUUACAUUGAUGAUAGAAUAUUAAAAAAACCAAUUGUCGAGGUGUAUAGUUUAAAACAAGAUUCAUGGAAGACCAUUGGGGACUGUUUUCCUUCACAAUAUUAUUACGUACGAGGUGUCACGGUUUUCUUCAACGGGUGCAUCCAUUGGCUUACGCAGCGCGAAUACGGAAAAAUUCGACCUAGGAGGUUGCCUAUAGUUUCUUUUGACGUGGAAAAAGAGGUGUUUCAAGAAUUUUGGCUCCCCAAUCCUACAGAACGGGAAGCCAAUUGUAUAAGCCCGUUACAUGGAUCACUAUGUGUUUGUGCAAAAUCAACUUCACCAAUCGAUACAAUUCUCGAUAUUGAGGUUUGGUUGAUGAAAGAAUACGCAAUGGAGAAGACGUGGACAAAAUUGUAUGUGACAAGGUUGGAUGAAGAGUUGUCCGGGCCUAUAAUUCCUUUGAGAGUGUUGGACCAUUUUGCAGAGGCAAUUGUGUACAUAAAUAAGAAUGUUUUUUUAUAUGAUCAUGAAAAUGAAGAAUUUGAGGAUUUUGGUAUUUGGGCUAAUGGAAUUGGAGUUCCUUAUGUGACUUCUUUUAUGGAGACUUUGGUUUGGGUUGAACCAAUUAUAGUUGAAACUACUCGAAUUAAAGAAGAAGUUAAUUUUACAAUUGAACGUAUGGAAAUUGAGAAUGCAAAGCUAGAGAGUACAACUAGUAAGAAGGAAACUAAGGAAGUAGGUGCUAAGCAAGAUGGUAAUUGUGUGAUCCUAUGAUACAAUUUCCUCAUUAUGUUGUCUAGGGACACUUUUUCUUGUAAUUUUGUUGUUGUAUUAUUAGGAUUAAUGUUAUUGUAAUGCAUCAA